AUGGCAGUCGAUCUGGAAUACAUGAACAGCGACCUAGCUGUUCUUGCUGCUGCUUACCACGGCGACUGCGAGGAGGACGCCGCCAAGAAGCCAUCCGGAGUAGUGGGUAAGUUAUUGAUUUUACGCAGGCCCCCAAUCCCAAAGGAUUCCCCAUCCCUGAACCCCCCCCCGCUCACGGCUACCCCGACGGCGGCGGCGACCAGCCAAGCUUCGUCCUCAUCGAGCCAUACGCCUACUUCGCCGACCGCCUCAACGCCACCACCGCCAACUGCAGCCUGGAGGGUCUCCGUCUCCGGGGGCAAAUCAAGGUCACCUUCUGCACCGCCCAGCCGCCGCAAGUCUCCUACCUCUGCGUGCAUGCCACCGACUACGACCACACCGUGUUCGCCUGCCCGCCUAGUCGCCACGGAGACUGACGGCGGCCUCGUCCUUCUAUCCGUCGUAGUUCGUGGCCGCUCAUCCUAUGAUUGGCUUCGCGACAAACCACACUACUUCGUCUACAACGCCAGCGUCCCCGAGCUCAAGCACAUCAAGCAACCCGGCGACGAGCACCCGGUGAACGAGCAUUCAUUUGCCAUUGUGCGCAAACCUGAACCUGACUGCACCUACCUGCUCGCCGCACAAGCUGAUCAGUUUGUGUACGGCAAUCCUUGUCACCUCUGCCUGUAUCAUCCUGGCACCGACUCCUGGAGCAAACUGCUGGUGAACGUCGAUUCAGUCCCCUACGUGCUCACCACAUACAAGGCAAUCGCCAUCGGAGGGGAUUCAGGCCUGGUGGCCUGGGUCGACCUCUCGCAUAUGAUCACCUCCUGCAACGUGCUGGACGAAAGCCCUAAGCUCCGGUUCUUAAGACUACCGACCGAGCCGCAGUAUGGAAGCGGCACGCCGGCUGUUCGGGACGUUUCAUUCCUUAAUGGCCACAUCAGGUUUGUUGAGCUGCAGCACCGCGACUAUGGUUGGAAGGCCACAAUAUGGAGCAUCAAGACCGGUGUCUUCUCCAAAAAGGCUUGGCGCAUCCAUCGCGAGCUUGAUUCCUCGGAUAUACCCGAGUCAUCACUGCCUAAGCUGAAGGUCCUCCGUGAAGGUGUCACAGCUCAGCCAACCUUGUCGACUCUCGACAUUGGCCUGCCCAAGCGCAGCCUGCAAGAUGAUUGCAUCCUUUACCUCCUAGCCAAGAUUGACUACCGCGACAGGGAUCACACAGCAUGGGUUCUUGCUGUUGACAUGAAGAACAAGGCUGUCCAGAGAGUGGCCGAGUUUAGCCCCAAGAGGUCUAUUGCCUUAUCCACUGGCUACGAUUCAAGUCGGGUCUCCAAACAUUUCAAAGUUGGUCCAGGCAAAGGCGUGCAAGAAGCUGAGCAGUGA